AUGGAGGCGGCGGUGGCGGCGCCGGCGAGGGAGCGCGCGGCGUCCCAUGGAGGCGGAACAAGCAAAACCAUAUCUCUACUACCUAAAAAGCACGAAGUGCACCUCACGUUCGGCGGGCUGGAGAUGGAGUGGCAGUGUCUGCCUCUCAUAUGUGUCUUCUGCCCCCUGCUGUCCGCCUCUCCGCCUCCGAGGAAAGAAAACCGUCCCCUCCGCGCGCCCAUCCCUGCCGCUGUGCCAGGAAAGAAAACCGUCCCUGCAGCGCGCCCGUCCGUCCCUGCCGCGCGCACGGAGGUCCCCGCCGCCGCCUCCGCCGCCGUCGAGAGAUCCGGCCGCACGUCUCCCUCCCCUCCGUCCCGGGCGCCGAGGUCCGGGCGCACCCCCGCUCCGUCCCGCCCGCCGCGCCCCGGCCGCCGCGCCGUCGACCCCGGCAACGCCGAUCCGUCCCGGGACCUCUCGACGGACGUGCCGGAGGCGCUGGACGCGGCGCCGCUCGACCCCGCCCGCUGCGCCAUCCGCACGGCGCGCGACACCGACCGCCGGCCGGACCAGGGCAGCACGCCUCCCUCCCCUCCGGCGCACCGCACCUCGACUUCUCCCGGCGGCUGCUGGGCAGCACGCCUCCCUCCCCUCCGGCGCACCGCACCGGGACUUCUCCCGGCGGCUGCUCGUCCGUCGCCCGUUCUCUUUGCAGGUGGAUGGCUUGGCGCCUUGGCUCCUGGCGCCCAGGCCUGGACGUGCGUGCUGCAGGUCCAGCUCAAGUCCUGCAGCGGCAGGCAAGGUGCUAGCGGCACCUGAUCCACCGGCCUGGAGGCUCACACGGCCGGCCACCAGCAGCUGCAACAAGAGCAGAGUAUCUCGCCCGGAAGGUGUUUGGUGAAAUGUUUCACACAACUUUUCUUUGUCUGAUGAUUUUGCUAGAUUUGGUUUAGGCCCUUGUUGAGUAGUUCAUCUUGUUCUAGGGUUGUUAUUCAUCUGUAGUUUAUCUUUCCUCUCACUAGAUUUAUUUACAAGUGUUAGGCUUACUUGUUUUUCCUGCUUUAUCUAAAAUCAGAAAAGCAAAACAAAAAUUAGUUUCUUUUGUAUUCGUGCUUGUUAGAUUUAUUUCCUGCCGUUCUAGCUUUUGUUCUAA